AUGGAAAACGGGAGAAUUCCCAGUUCAACUGUGCAGAGUUUUAGAUCAGUGGCAGCCAGGACACCAGUGUUCCGGUUCAACCCCCACUCAUGGCCGUCCAGCUCUGAGAUCACGUCUGUCCAGUUGGUGCUGCCUGCCUUUUACAACUCACAGGGCACCGUGACAGUGAACGGAGACGCCGUGCUUCGAGAGACUGUUACUGUGGGUACGCCGAAACCGCGUUCUUUUGUCGUUUUGAAAAUGCCAGCAAACGCAAGGAGGUACAUUAACCAUACUGACUCCUCAGUUGUUCUGUAUGUAAAAGGUCUGCAAAUUGAUGAGGAAUGUGAUGACUGUGAGGUUGCUAGGGCCGAGGAAGCGCCCCUGUUAGUAGUGCAGACUCCGCCAGAUGGCGAUCAGGACGAUACCAACAAACACCAGCCAGGUACCAGACAGAAGCGCGCGAUCCCGGAGCUAAUGCCGAGAGCAGACAGGGAGCUGGAUCCUUCGAUCCUUGCGACGGCCUGCAAGCUUCACUCAUGGUACGUCAGUUUUGCUGACAUGCACUGGGAUACUUUUAUCCUGAGUCCCAAAGGUUACACUGCCAAUUACUGCGCUGGUUCCUGUUCAGCUCCUCUGUUGCCGGCUUCCUCUGUCAAUGGCAGCAAUCACGCCUUUGUGAAAGCCAUGUAUCAGAGGAUGACGUCAGGCUCGGAUAGGUACACCACGUCACAUUGCGUGCCAGUGUCCUACAGUUACAUAAGUGUACUGUACUUUGACAAUGAUGAUGAUUUAAUUCUAAAGAGAAUCCCCGAUAUGGUGGCCAAUGCAUGCGCUUGUUUGUAA